AUGGGUUUUGUGGUUUGUGUUGGUAAUGCAUCUCUUGUCUCUGUGUUUUGCAAACCUCAUCACGUUGAAGAGAGCACCAGUGAUAGGGAUGAUGAUGAUGCUAAAGAAGAGAGGUUGUCUUCUUCCUCUUUGUAUCCUUUAGAGUCAAGGAGACAAAGCAAGGAGGAGAGUUCUCUAGGGGAUAUGUUUCAGGACGUGCUGCCUUUUAGUCCUUCAAGUGGCCAACUUGUUGGGUUUGGUCGUGCAUAUUCUGACUAUUCUCACAAAUAG